AUGAAGAGGGAUCGUAGAUGCUCUACUCGUCUUCAUAGUCUUAGAAAUAUAAGACGGGUGGAGAACAAUCCCUGGGUUCUGGGUAUCAACAAGCCCCCAUACACUCGUCGAAAAUUACGGGCUCGUCUUCGUCAGUUGGAGGACUCUUAUGAUGUUCAUUCUCAGGAACCGGAAGAGUUGUUGACUGAUGUUGCUACUACCUCCAUCUCCAUGCCAGAUCAGUCGCCACCAUCAAGGCCCCCAUACACUCGUCAGAAAUUACGGGCUCGUCUUCGUCAGUUGGAGGAGUCUUAUGGAGUUGAUUCUCAGGAACCGGAAGAGUUGUUGUCUGAUGUUGCUACUACCUCCAUCUCCAUGCCUGAUCAGUCGCCACCAUCAAGAUUGGCCUCACAGUCAGCUGGCAUCAAGAAAGAAUUAGGCUCUAAAGCUUCACUGCGAGUUUGUUCUGCCCGUAUGGAAGAAAACCCAUCAGAUGAUAAUCUGAAGGGAUCGGAUCAGUAUCAGGAGGCCACGCCUGACUCUGUUAAAUUUGCUACUCAGGAAGAGCUGUCGUCUCAUGUUACUACUACCUCUAUGCUUGACCAAGUCACUGUGAUACGUCGACAGAAACUCACACAACCCCAGUCCGCUUCUUCUCUUCUCUGCUCUUUCUCCUUGUUCCUGCUAAAUUUCAGGAAUCCUUUUGGGGGUUGGGCAACAUCACAUGGAAACCAUCAGGGGAAGGCCGGGAAGCUCGCAAACUUUCUGUUUCUACUCCCUGAGCGUAUCUUUCUCGGGGAGAGUCUUCUUGCAAGUGUACUUGCUUGGGAUUUUGAUGGUGUUGCUGGCUCCUGUUGGGUCCCUAUCGGUGACCAAGUUGUUGUACUGAUGGCCGGUAUAUUCCUUGCAUAUAUGGCUGGUGUAAUCCCUGUUCAAAACGAACUUCAGAAUCUUCUGGUAGGAAAGCUUUUAGAUGCCUCCAAGCGUGAGAGUACACCUGAAAGCAGACUCCUCAAGGGAAGCCGCCACUGA